AAUUUCAACAAGCAUAUGACAAUUUUAUUCAUAUACUUUCCACCAAAAGAGAGACUUUUGGGGGGAAUCCGGUGGCUGGGGGCAGCGGCCCAGCAGGUUAUCCCUCUGGGGGCCCGGGCAGCCUCAGGCCUCAGCAAGGACAUGCCCCCGGGACCGUACCCCCGCACACCAGAGGAGCGCACUGAUGCCGCCAAGAAGUACAACAUGCGAGUGGAGGACUAUGAGCCCUAUCCAGAUGACGGUUUCAGGUUUGGUGACUCUCCCAAGCUUCCCGAACGAUCUCAGCAUGAACGAGACCCAUGGUAUGACUGGGACCAUUCAGAACUGAGACUGAACUGGGGUGAACCGAUGCACUUUGACCUUGAUAUGUAUACUCGGAAUCGUGUGGAUACAUCCCCCACACCUGUCUCCUGGAACACUAUGUGUAAGCAUUUAUUGAGCUUUGUCGGCUUCAUGCUGUUCAUGUUCUAUUUAGGAGAGAUGUACCCAUCCUAUCAGCCUGUGGCUCCAAAGCAAUAUCCUUAUAACAACCUGUACCUAGAACACGGAGGUGAUCCUUCAGCAAAUCCAGAGUCUGUGAAACACUAUGAAAUCUAAAGGAUCCAGCCUGUAGGACCAUUUGCUUUCCUCUGCAC